AGAUGGGAUGGAUUUGGGGUGGCACAGUUUGUAUCAAGGCGGUUGGCAGUUGGAAUACCCAAGCUGGUGGGAACAAUCUGUACCUGGACAUAGACUUAACAAGGGACCUCUCCCACGUCCCCAUCACAGCCCUCGCCCUAUCCCGCUCACCCUCCGGCCAGCUCCUCGUCCUCGCCGGCGAGGACUCGGACCUCGUCGUCUACGAAGCGCAAACCGGGCAGCUGAAAGAUCGCCUGCUUUCUCGGACGAGCGUCUUUGUGGAUCAGCCUAUUCACGGGAUCCAUGUGCGGCAUGGACGGGUUCUGGUCUGGGGGGGCUGCCAUGUGGCUGUUCUGUCUCUUGAGCGUCUCAUCACUGAGCAGCAGCAGCAGCAUGAUGGCGUCGAUGGGGGUAGGAAGCGUGCGGUUGCCAAGGCGAUGGCUCCCGACUGGAUAUUUCACGGCGCUUUUUCAGAGGGCGAUGAUUCAGUGGGUGCCCUCGCCACGGCUCACAACGAAGUCAUACCCCUGAGAUACUCCUCCGACACGGGCGACAUCCACCUCGGCGCUGCCAUUGCGCCUUCUAGGCCGAUGCUCUACUCUGCGCAUCUCACCUGGACGUCAGACGACACCGUCCUGGUCGCCGGCGGGACAGUCUUUGGGCACGUCGUCGUGUGGAAAUGCCGUCUAGCAAAGGACAACGGCGAGGGAACAACAUCAACGGAAACGCUAUUCAACUUUGAGGGCCACGAAGGGUCAAUCUUUGGCGUGGACAUGUCUACAGUUGUUCUCUCCGACGGGAGUAUGGCCCGGAUACUUGCCAGCUGCAGCGACGACAGGACGAUCCGCAUAUGGGACAUCACUGAGCGUGACGAUGGAGCUUCUCGCUCUCAUGGCCCUCAGGCACCACAAAUCAUCGACACAGGCUUCGGCGGCAGUGACUUCAAUACCACCGACGCCGACGCCAACCAAAAUCCCAGCAGACAAAAUGGCUCCGUCGCCGCCGCCAUGGGCCACGCCUCGCGGAUAUGGGGCGUGAAGUUCGGCCCGUCGUGCGGACAGGACGCUCUGUCGGUGUACUCCUUUGGCGAGGAUGCGACGACGCAGAGAUGGCAUCUCCAUCUGAGCCAUGUAGCAGCAUCGUCUCAGGAGGCUGACCGCAGCUCGAGACAUUUGAUGGGGAAGCUGUCUCACAGCAAGACAUUCUCUCUGCAUAGCGGCAAGCAUCUGUGGUCGAGGGCCGUGCUGCUCGAAGACAAGGCCGCGCUUGUUGCUACCGGUGGCGCCGAUAGUCAGAUUUGUCUCAUUGACGAAUCGAAUCUUCUACUUGGUGAACGGUCAGAUACUAGUCUUGGUAAUGUAUUGACAUUAGAUACCGUCGACAUUCUCAGGGGUCUCCUCGAUUCAGGUACCUCCAACACACCUGCGAAAGAGAUAAUCAGUCGCUACGAUUUUCUCUCACAUGAUCACAUUCUUGUCACGACCAGCCAGGGAAGGCUUCUUCUCGGCCACCUAAAGGAGCCUCAUGUUGAACCGAAAUGGGGGCAGAUUGAGGUUCCCAACAACCUACGCGACGACGUCAAGCUUUGCUAUGUCGUCAAGGCUAUUGCCCCCACGGCAGUUCUUCUGGGCACGACGAGUGGGAAUAUCUAUCAUUUCCAUCUCACCUCCCAACAGAUAAAGCAUAUUGCCUCCGUGCCUGGCAAAAUCAUCGAAAUGAACCGUCUAUCGAGUAGGGAUGGUGUGGCCGAGGUAUUGAUCUACCUUCACGGAAGGGCAGAGUCUCACUUCUUUGCAAUUGAUGUCUCAACGGGACAUGUCCACCUCCAGGGACAAACCAAGGGGCUCGACCCCAGGUUUGUCCCAACAGCAGCUGGAAAAUUGAAUGACUUGCUCGUCGUCGGCUCUCGGCAUGGCUUCCUGUCCGUCCUGGAUCGACAAGAGGAUGGAUCGUACCACUCAAUCCUAGACAUCGCCACACGAAGCCGUGAUACCAUCACGGCCAUUCUUCCACUGCCUCCCAAAUCAGGCUCGCCACACGCCUCACGGUAUAUCCUCGUCACAAGCCGAGACGGAAAGUACAGGAUAUACGAACUGGAUCGAAAAUCAGGUUCCGUUCUCCUUCACCUGCGACACGAAACCUCGCCACCAUUUGGACCUAUGAUCGCCGGCGCCUGGUUUACUCAAGACACCGUGCCUGAGCUUGUGUUAUAUGGCUUCAGAAGUAAAGACUUUGUCAUUUGGAACGAGACACGGCGGGAAGAAUUGGCAACCAUUGAGUGCGGUGGCGCCCAUCGGACGUUCCAGCUGACAUAUAGCGAAAUAAUACCUGGAAGAUAUCGUUUCGCCUUCACCAAGACCUCCAAGCUCUCCAUUUCCUCAUCGGAUCGUUUGGCGCAUGAGUGGGUGAAGGCUGGAAUUCACGGCAGGGAGAUUCGAAGCUUGAGUUCCAAUGGUCGUUAUAUCGCCACAGGUGCCGAGGAUACCACCAUCCGCAUUUGGGAGUAUAUACAUGUCGCAGACGGCACACAAUCGGAGCUGCGGUGCGUCGCAGCUAUGAAGGCGCACAUCACAGGUCUGCAAAAGCUUGUCUGGCUGGGCGACGAGUAUCUCUUCAGCAGCGCUGGCAAUGAGGAAUUCUUCGUUUGGAAAGUGCAGAGCCUGGAGUCGGAUUACACGGGGUUGGCGGUCAUGUGUGAGGGUGUCUUCACAGAUAAGAGCGCAGAUGCAGAUCUCCGCAUCAUGGAUUUUGACGUCUGCCAGUCUGACGAUUCAAGCGGCAUGGUGGUGACCAUGGGCUUUUCGAAUUCGGUGAUCAGGACGUAUCGCUACACAAGCGACGAUGGCCGAUUUAAACUCCUUGCCAAGGGUAGAUACACAGGAGCAUGUCUCACCCAAACGCGCCAUCUGAUAAUGCGCGAUCAGCUACCACGACUGCUCACAGCAUCCACGGAUGGCCACCUUGCCUUGUGGCGGACCGAGCCACAUGAGGGAACCUUGCGCGAGUAUGUCCUGGAGCAAGCGGUGCCGUUGCACCAGAACAGCAUCAAGAGCCUGGACAUGAUCGAAUCAGGAGAAGGCUAUCAAGUGUUCACUGGAGGCGACGACAACAGCGUCGGGGUAACGUGGCUCGGUGCGACCUCGGGCAGCACAGACGGUGCAAGCUGGGCGUUUUCGGGGCGAAGCAUUGUGCGCAGAGCCCACGCUGCAGCCAUCGCAGGCGUCCUACUGAUUCGUCGGCGCACGGGAGUCGUAGGAAUAAGCGUGAGCAACGAUCAGCGAGUGAAGCUCUGGAGCGUCCCUAGCGACCAAGAUGGAAAUGUCGAGCUGAUCAGGGGGGACUGCAUCGGCGUGGCAGACGCGGGAGACAUCGCAGCAGUCGGCGACCUAGACAAUGGCAUGGCGACCAUAGUAAUCGCAGGCGUAGGGCUCGAGGCCUGGAGCCUCAAGUAA